UACAUAUGUACACAAAUGCAUAUAUAAUUCUUUUAAAAUUUCAAUAUGUUUAAAAAUUUUUAUUUUAUUGAUUAAGAAAAAAUUUCUUACACGAUUACAUAAUUCAUGAUUCUAUGAUUAUAAGAGAUUUAGAUUACAUUAUAAGCGAUUUAGGUUACAUGAUUCAUGUUCUUUCCCUCCCUUCCUCUCAGCCUCCUCCCGUAAUCAAAAAGCAUUUCCACUGGGUUUUACAUGUGUUGUUGAUCAAGAACUAUUUCCAUAUUAUUGAUAUUUUCACUAGGGAAUCAUAUCCCCAUUGACUUAUGUGAAUAAGCAGUUGUUUUUCUUCUGUGUUUUUCCUUCCACAGUUCUUUCUCUAGAUCUGGAUAGUGUUCUUUUUCAUAAGUCCCUCAGAAAUGUCUUGGAUCAGAUAAACUCAGAAUGGGUGAAUGACUUCAAUAUAAAGAAGGAAACUAUAAGUAAAUUAGGUGAACAAAAAAUUGUAUACUUGUCAGAACUUUGGGAAAGGAAAGAUUUUAGGACCAAGCAAGAGUUAGAAAAAAUUACAAAAUGUAAAAUAAAUAAGUUUGAUUACAUUAAAUUAAAAAGGUUUUAUACAAACAAAACCAUUGCAACUAAAAUUACAAGGGAAGCAACAAAUUGGGGGGAAAAAUCUUCAGAACAAAAAAACUGAAAAAGGUCUGAUUACUCAAAUUUAUAAAGAGCUAAAUUGAUUGUACAAAAAAAAUCAAGAUAUUCUCCAAUUGAUAAAUGGGCAAGGGACGUGAAUAGGAAAUUUUCAGAUAAAGAAAUAGACUAUCAAUAAACACAUGAAAAGUGUUCUAAAUCUCUUAUAAUCAUAGAAAUGAAAAUCAAAACAACUCCGAAGUACCACCUCACACCUAGCAGAUUUGCUAACAUGACAGCAAAGGAAAAUAAUAAAUAUUGGAGGGGAUGUGGCAAAAUUGGGACAUUAAUACAUUGCUGGUGGAGUUGUGAAUUGAUCCAACCAUUCUGGAUGGCAGUUUGGAACUAUGCCCAAAGGGCUUUAAAAGUCUGCCUACCCCUUGGUCCAGCCAUAGCACUGCUGGGUUUGUACCCCAAAGAGAUAAUAAGGAAAAAGACUUGUACCAAAAUAUUCAUAGCUGCUCUCUUUGUGGUGGCAAAAAAAAUCAAGGACAAUUCGGAAGGACUUAAGAGAAAGAAUGCUAUCUACAGUCAGAGGAAGAACUGUGGGAAUAGAAACACAGAAAAAGAACAACUGCUCAGUCACAAGGUUUGAUGGGAAUAUGAUUGGGAAUAUAGACUCUAAAUGAUCACUCUGGUGCAAAUAUUAAUGUUAUAGAACUGUGUCUUGAUCAAUGACACAUGUAAAACCCAGAGGAAUUGCUAUAGCGGCACCUUGCUUUAGAUAAGGGCUGGGCAAGUACAAGUAAAUUGCUGAAGUCAAAUGCUCUUGGUUUGGAAGCAGAUAACUUGGUAUUGAAUGCUCAGUUUUCCACAUUCUAUCUGUAUGAGUUUGGAAGGUUCACAGUCUUUUGGACUUAUGCUUCCUUAUCUUUAAAGAAAAAGGCUGGGAGCAGCUGGGUAGCUCAAUGGAUUGAGAGCCAGGCCUAGAGAUGGGAGGCCUAGGUUCAAAUCUGGCCUCAGACACUUCCCAGCUGUGUGACCCUGGGCAAGUCAUUUAACCCCCAUUGCCUAGCCCUUACCACUCUUCUGCCUUGGAACCAAUGCACAGUAUUGACUCCAAGACAGAAGGUAAGGGUUUAAAAAAAAAAGAAAAAGGCUGUACUGAUUUUCCUCUAAGGUUCCUUCCAAUGAUACAUCUUUGAUCUUAAAUGACUUUUGAGGUCCCUUCCAAAGAUGAAGCUAUAUGAAUGUAUGAAAAAUUCAUCAAGGAAAUAUUUAUAAAUUUAUUUAUUAUAAAAAUUUAGUAUAAAAAGUUUAAGGGACUGACCAAUCACAGACACUUUCAUUAAGAAUAAAGACUGUUCUAAGUUUGGUGACAUUAAUUAUUCUUUAGAAAAGAUUCACUUAUCUCAAGUGAUAUUCAUAUAUGUCUAGAACAUUAACUAACAUAACUAAAUAAAUAAACAUAAAUAAAACAUAAGCAUAAAUAAAAUAACAUAAGCUAACAUGGGAAAUAGGAUGGGUUAGAAGAAAGUCCCAAUGCUGAAUCCCUCUCAAGUGGUCAACAUUAUCUAAUCCUUUUUAGGAUUUUCAAUUUUUUUUCUUUUGGUUUUCUUAUGGCUACUUACAAAAGCACAGAUUCACUGUUGAUUGUUACCUUAAAACCUUAAUGAGGAUGCUCCCACUCAGACAUUCUUUGGGACUCAAGGACUUGUGUAAAGAUUAUAUAUCUUCUCUUCCCUAGCAUAGAAAAUUCUCUUCCCUAGUACAAAAUUUUUGGAGUGAAGGUAAUGAUCUUGUAGACAUGUUUUAAGAAGGGUGAAGUUUCAUUUUGUUUGGAUUUUUUCCCCAUGGUUACAUGAUUCUUGUCUCCCUUCCCUCUUUCUUCCCCUUCCAGUAGUUAGUAAGCAAUUUCCCUGGGUUAUACAUAUAUUAUUACUCAAAUCCUAUUAUACAUAUAUUAUUAACUUUUGUUAAUCUUUGAAAACCAAAACCCCAAAUCAUAUGCCCAUAUAAACAAAUAAUAAAUCAUAUGUUUUCUUUUGAUUUCUACUCCCACAGUUCUUUCUCUAGAUGGGGAUAGCCUUCUUAUAAGUCCAUCAGAGCUGUCCUGGAGCAUUGCAUUGCUUUUAGUAGCAAAGUCAAUUACAUUUUAUCUUUCCACAAUGUUUCAGUUACUGUGUAUAAUGUUCUCCUGGUUCUGCUUAUUUCACUCUGCAUCAGUUCAUAUAGAUCAGACAGGGUCAAGUUUGAAAGCAUGAGGUAUCCAAACUACCACACCUCCUAAUCUAACCAAUUCUGGUCACUUCCAUCUCUUCCCUCCUGCUUUCCAAGUGAUUUGAUCUCCUGGAAAUCAUAGAUGAUACGGUGUUUCCUGAAUCCUAAUUACUUACCUAAUUAUUUUCCUUUCCUCUAUCACCUUUCUCUUUCUUGCGAUUCACUUGUAGAAGAGGAAGAGGGAUGCUAGUGAUGGUUUUAAAAUUUGAUCCAAGGGGCCCCUUCCCAGGAGACUUGGUGGAAUGAGUAGGAAAGGGACACUGUCCCAGAGUUAUCAGCGUGAGAUGUGUCUGGCAGUGACUCAGUGAGGGACAAGUGAAUUCAAAUACCUGAAGUCCAUUAUCCCCACCCUUCCUCCUGCUCAGGCAUGUGAAAAGGGCUCCUUGGAAAAUUCACCCUUAAGGAAUAGCAUUUUCCUUAAGUAGUUUUAAGAUCCAUUUCACUGAAUUAUAUCCAUCUGCAACUAUUGGUUUCCUGUCCUUUUGUUGCACUUUAAAACAGACAUUGUAUGCUAUUGUGUUAAAGUAUAAUUUCCAUCCCAUCUCCUUAUUCACACAUAUUUUCCUCUUCUCCCUGAAUCCUUAGCCUACAAAACUUUCUUUCCUGAGACUUUUUUUUUCUCACUUCUGUGUUUGGGUUUUCUCCAGAUUACUUCUUCCCCAUUGUUAUUAUUAUUAUUUGAAAGAAUAAACUGUGAUAUAUUUUAUUUUCUAUUUUAAACUUAGAAUUUAGUUAUUUCUUCUAAAUAAUUUAACAAAUGUGUUUCAAACUACUUUAAUUUGGUUUCUGUUGAAUUCUCUCAAGUUUCAUUUCCUUUAUAAGUGUAAAAAAUGGCAUCAAUAUUUUAUCUUGACAUUAAUUAAUUUCAAUUUUGGUUUCUCAAAAUGAUAAUUUGGGUCUGGCUCACUUUUAGAUUUUUCUCACUCUUUUAUUCUUUUUUAAUUAUGAAAUUUCUGUUGUCCUACAAAUAUCUUAUAACCUUUCUCUGGUCAUUGUAAUUGAUAAUUUCUUUUUCUUUAUGUAUAUAGUAUUAACUUGUAUUAAUGUAUUAAGAUGUUGAGCAUCAUGGAAAGUAUUUUCUCAAAAAUGGUAUCUGAUAUUGAUCCUCAGGUGUAAUGAUUAGUUAUAAAAAUAAGUAGCAGUGAGGAAUUGAUAUAAAACAUGUGAAGAAUACACUUUUAUGAAGACUGUAUCUUUAUGAAGAUAAGCAAGAAGGUGAAAAUGAAUUAUUUUGAAGAAGGAAUGUACCUAGAUUAAGUGAAAUUUAAUUAUGAAGAAAGCAUAAGUAAUCUGACAUUUCAGUUGCCAAUAACAUUACUAAUGAUAACUAACAAUAAAAUUUACUAACAACAACUAACCUUUACUUGUUCAAAGGACAUAUUAUAAAAGAUAUGGUACUCCAACAUAGUUUUACAGUAUGACUUUGAAUGUUGUGGGGGCUUGUAGAAACCAUAAACCAAAAACAAAGUCAUUUCAUAUGAAUAUUUCUUUAUUUUCUCUCUUAUGAAUUAUUCCAGUAAUAUCAUAGAUUAGAAAAAUGCCAUUCCAAGGAUGUUUCUCUCUUGGUCAAAUUGUUUGCUUUUACAAUAUCUAAGAGAUUCCAUCAUGAGACCAUCUGAAUGUGAUCAAAGAAUCUGAACCCUAGAAGAAUUAUGAGUUCAAAGAUCUAGAGCUGAAAGAGAUCAAAGAAGUCCUCUGAUCUAACUCUCUCAAUUCACAGCAAAAGGAAUCUGGGUCUCAGGAAAAAUAAUGUCUUUCUCAUAUUACAUAAGUAUUAAUAGAAGAGUUUAAGGAAUGCUGUUUCCUCUUAAUUUAAUAGAAUAUUUCCUCCUAAUCAAAAUUUUAAAACCUCUAAUGUAUUUCUUACUUCUCAGAGGCAGGCCAAAAAAUCACCUUCAAAGAGAUACCCUUUGUAAUAGAAAAAGAAAAAUUCCCCUGGACCAAGAUCCUAUGGGAUGAGUUUCUAGGGAAAUACAUGAACUCAAAUUAUUAGGCAGUAAAGAGAGAGGUCCCAUCUUUGUUCUGGAGAAUCUCACAGUUAUAUCAACCAGUUCUGUUAUGUAGAACAUUUAAUAACCAGUAAUAUGAGAUCAGGACUGCCCAAGUACAUGCUUUCUUUUUAAUUACUUGAAUGGAAAGAAAGUUUUGAGGCUGAAUUUACAGUGCUAUAUACCUUCUUUCCCAUAUUGCACUUGCUAUUUAUUCUCACAUUCAUUCAAACCCUCCAAAAGUCAUAGCCAAUGAAUGGCAUGGAUGAAUCUGUGGCAUUUUCUGCAACCUACUGGCUGUAUUUGGGACUUGAGAGUCCUGUAGGUUUUCACAUUUCUUAACUUGGAAAUAUACUUAGAUCUAUGAGGCAUCAAAAUCACCCUAAACCAGGAUGUGAUGCGAUUUCUGAAUGUAUACAACACUAAUACAGAUCACCCUGUCAAGAGCGAGAUAUAUCCCUUGGAAAUACACAGCAGAAUUGAGGUUUUGAAAUCGUGUGCUAAAGCACGUUUGGAAUGGCAUUAUGAUCCACGUGGUGGCGCUGCAGACUAACAGGCAAAUAGAGCUAUGAGGCUAAACCAGGACUCGGAAGGAAGUCCUGAAACGCAGACUUUAUGGAAGGAGCGGUGAAGCUUUGUUAACUGGAUUUGGAAAAGGAAACCACCCCUGUAUGUUUCUGAAGUUUCUCUGGUGACUGUUUAGUCUAGCUGCACUACUCGGAGAGGACUGAUGACAGAGUGACUAGGGGCGAUGAUUCUGCAACUAUGCCAAGUGUUCUUUCUGUGUGUUUUACUGGGUGUGUCUGGGGCAGUCUCAGAGUUGAAGCCCUUUUCCGUAGUGGAGGAGAUGCAGAGAGGCUCCUUUGUGACCAAUGUGGCAAAGGCCCUGGGGCUAAAAGUGGGGGAUUGUCAAAUCUAGAAGCCAAAGUCGAAUUCAAAGAGAACAAAGAGUAUUUACAGCUACACUAAAAAUACUAGGAUCUGUUCUUGAAAGAGAAAUUAGUCCUGGAGGAGUUGUGCGGUCCCACUGAGCCCUGUAUGCUGUCUUUCCAGAUCUUGCUGGAAAAUCCUUUUUAGAUCUUUCGGGAUGUGCUGAUAGUGGAAGAUAUUAAUGACCAUUCACCAGUCUUCCUAGACACUGAGAUGACACUGAAAAUCCCGGAGAACACCUCCCCCGGAAGUGUUUUUGUACUAGAAAAUGCUCAGGAUUUAGAUGUAGGAAGCAACAGCCUCCAGAACUACACAAUCAGCUCCAACUCUCUUUUCCACAUUCAAAUUCUAGAGGAACCAGGCGACAUGAAAUACCCAGAGCUUAUACUGGAAAAAGUUCUUGAUCGAGAGGAGCACCCUGAGCUCAUUUUAACCAUCACUGCACUAGAUGGGGGAUCUCCACCUAGCUCUGGAACUGCCCAAGUCCUUGUCCUAGUAGUCGAUAUUAAUGACAAUGCACCCGUGUUUGCUCAGCCGCGUUAUGAGGUUCAGAUCCCUGAGAACAGCCCCAUUGGAUCUAAGGGUAUCUCAGUCUCCGCCACAGAUUUAGAUGCAGGAAAUAACGCAGAUAUAUCCUAUACGUGUUUGCACGCCUCUGAAAACAUUCGCAAAACUUUUCAAUUAACAGAGAAAACUGGGGAACUUUAUUUGAAAGAAAAAGUAGACUUUGAAUUGACUCAGUCUUACAUCAUAAACAUUCAGGCCACAGAUGGUGGGAGCCUUUCUGGGAAAUGUACUAUUAUUGUUCAGGUGAUUGAUCUGAACGACAACACCCCUGAACUGACCAUGUCUUCACUUACCAGCCCCAUCCCAGAAAAUUCACCUGAGACUGUAGUAGCUGUUUUCAGGGUUUCAGAUCUGGACUCUGGGGAAAGUGGAAGGGUGGCUUGUUCCAUCCAGGAUGAUCUUCCCUUUGUCCUGAAACCUUCUGUUGAGAACUUCUACACCUUGAUAACAAAGAGAGCACUGGACAGAGAGAGAAAGGCUGAGUACAAUAUCACUAUUACUGUCAUGGAUUUGGGGUCCCCAAGGCUCAAAUCUGAGCACAGUAUCACCAUAUGGAUCUCUGACAUCAAUGAUAACCCUCCAGUGUUUACUCAGACAACCUACAAACUGUACCUCCAGGAGAACAACAGUCCUGCCCUCCACAUUGGCAGUGUCAGUGCCAAGGAUAGGGACUCAGGAAUCAAUGCCAAAGUCACAUACUCCCUGCUGCCCCCAGAGAAUGGAGACCUGCCUCUCUUCUCCUACAUCUCCAUCAACUCAGACAAUGGCCAUCUCUAUGCUCUGAGAUCCCUGGAUUAUGAAACCAUCCAAGUUUUCCAGUUCACAGUGACAGCAACUGAUGGUGGUUCCCCAUCUCUGAGCAGCCAGGCUUUGGUUCAAGUUGUGGUACAGGAUAUGAAUAACAACUCUCCCUUUGUGCUGUACCCCUUGCAGAAUGGCACAGCUCCCUGCAAUGACCUGGUGCCCAGGACUGCAGAGCCAGGUUACUUGGUCACUAAGGUUGUGGCUGUGGAUAAAAACUGGGGACAGAAUUCCUGGCUUUCCUACCAGCUGCUCAAGGCCACAGAUCCAGGACUCUUCACAGUGUGGGCCCACAAUGGGGAAGUUCGAACAGCAAGACCCAUCAGUGACAGAGAUGCCAUCAAGCAGAGGCUCCUGGUUCUGGUGAAGGACAAUGGGCAGCCUCCUCUGUCCACAGCAGCCACCUUGAAUGUUCUCCUGGUGGAUGGCUUCUCUGAGCCCUACAUGCAAUUUCCAGAUGCACCCAAGGAGCCAAUCCAGACUGAUUCCCUCACCACUUACUUAGUCAUUUCCCUGGCCUCUGUCUCCUUUCUCUUCCUGGUCUCUGUUAUUAUGGUCAUUGCUAUUCGCCUGUGGAAUAGGAAGAGGGAUGCCACUGAUGCUGCUCACUUCAAUCCAAAUGGUCCCUUCCCAAGUCACUUGGUGGAUGUCAGUGGGACAGGGACUUUAUCUCAGAGCUACCAGUAUGAGGUAUGUCUGACCAGUGGCUCAGAAACCAGUGAGUUCAAAUUUCUGCAACCCAUUAAUCCCACCCUCCCUCAAGCAAGUGGGAAAGACACCAUUGAAAACCCAACCUUAAGGAACAGUUUUUGCUUCAAUUAGGUUUGAUGGUUUGACAAACUCAGAACCUCCUCUUCCCCUCCCCCCCUUAAAUCUACCCUUGGUUCCCAACCAUUAGUUGCCUGUCUUUUAGUAGCAAAAAAAGUAGAUAUCUAUGUUAUUGUGCUGUAUUAUAUGUUUUUAUCCUUUCAUUCCCCCUCCACACAUUUUUCUCUUCUCCCUAUAUCUUUGCUCUCUUAAGUAUUUCCUUCUCUCCUUUCUUUUUUUUUUUUGUUCUUCUUAUAUCUAUGAAUUUUCUCCAGGUUAUUCUAUUUCCCCAUAUCAAUUUCAAAUUGAUUGAACUAUCAUGUAUUCUCUAAAUUUAGACUUUCCAUAUUUCUUACUCAAGAAAUAUAGCAAAUGUAUUUCAGGAUAAUCGGUUAUGAUGUUGGCUAAGUACUCUCACAUUUAUCUUCCCUGUAUCACCUGAAAAGGAAUAUUUUCCAAGACUUCAUUGUUAUGAUGUCAAUAAAUAUUUGUAUUUCUUCUGAAGGGCUAUUUGGGCACUUGUUCUAACUUUUGAAUUGAUAUUUUUCCUUUUGUCUCUUUUUAUUUUUGUGGUGAAAGAUUUUCCAGGAGUAGUGAUUAUCUUGUAACCUACUGGUUGUGGCCAAAAUACUUUAAAUAAUUGCUCAUGAAUAAAAAAAUCUUAAGAUAUUUGCUUGGAUAUUGUUCUCAAAUUCACUGAAAAUACACUAUAAUUUGUGGUUUCUGAUUUAAUCCACAAAGUAUUAUCUCUGGGUGAAAAUUUAUUUUUUAAAAAAUCACCAAAAGUCACUUGAAUUGAUGGAAAAACUUUUAAGAAUAAAUCUUUCUGAAAGUAAGAGAAUUGUAUGAUAAAUCAUUUUGAUAAAAGAAUUUGUUCAGUUUGGAGACAAUAGUGAGGGAUACAGACUAGUCUGAGUACUGAAUUUACCAGUGGAGUUAUAAAUGAUUAUAUCUAAUUUUUACGUGUCCUUGUGUGACAAGAAGUGGUGUGGUUGGAGCCUCUGGCUAUAAUGCUAUAAAGUAAAUCUAGUCAACUACCUUGAACAUACAUAGCAUUGUUCUUCUGAAAUCCAAUAGAUUUAAUUUUACCCAUCCUUCAAAAUCCCAAGACCUGAAACAAUACAUUUAAAUGAAGAAGCCUUUGCUUUUUCUUCAGGUUUUCUAAAUAAUUCCCACUUUGAGGAAUAUUCAUGUCAAGGUUGCCAAAUUUUUGGGCAAAUGAGUGGUUUCAAAUGCUCUGCUUUAAAAAUAUUGGUUGGUGGUCUUACUGCAGUUCUAAUUGGAACCUUUCUCGAUUUUAUCACAGAAUGUCAGAUCUUGAAGAGCAUCUACCCCAUUGAUUUCCUUU